CUUAUUGAUAACUAUCCUGUAGUAUUCGGGCGUCUGCAGUCCCGGUUGUUAGAAUCUUUUACUAGUGGCGCUUAGAGAUGGAGGUGGAUCUGACAACGUUUCUGGUCGCGCUCAGUCUGGUUGGGGCUUUAUUUUAUUGGCUGAGCCGAAAUAAUGACUACUUUCACCACAAACCGAUUCCGUCGCUGGCGUCUAAGCCGAUUUUCGGAAGCACUGGAUCGCUGCUGCUGAAGAAGUACUCUUUCUCGGACUACAUCAGUAUGAUCUACAACAAGUUUCCUGGGGUCAAAGUAUUCGGGCUACACGACGUCAACAUACCGAUGUUUGUAAUUCGGGAUCCGGAGUUGAUAAAGCAGAUUGGUGUGAAGGAUUUUGACCACUUCAUGGACCACCGACCGAUUUUCGGACACGAUAACGACGACAGUCCGGAUCAGCUGUUCGUCAAAACGUUGUUCACGAUGAAGGACCAGAAGUGGCGCAACAUGAGAGCAACGUUGAGUCCGGCCUUCACCGGAAGCAAGAUGCGACAGAUGUUCGAGCUGGUGGUGCACUGUGCUGAAAAUAUGGUUGAUUUCUAUCGCGGUGCUGUCAAAAGUGGCAAGGAGUACGAAAUGAAGGACGUUUUCUCGCGCUUUACCAAUGACGUGAUCGCCACUUGUGCUUUCGGCAUUCAGGUGGAUUCGUCUCGGGAACGUGAUAACGAGUUCUACCGCGUUGGAAAGGAAAUGAUGCAGUUCGGUAGAUUCAGUGUCUUGAUUCGAAUUCUCGCGUGUCGACUGAUGCCUUCGCUAAUGACUUCAUUUGGAGUUGAUAUCAUAGACAAGAAACACAACCGCUACUUCUCCAAACUUAUCAAGGAAGCCGUCAAUGCUCGUGAAACUCGAGGAAUCGUUCGACCGGACAUGAUCAACCUGUUGAUGCAAGCUCGCAAAGGAUUACUGAACCACCAACAGGAAACCGAGCAGCGGGAAGGAUUCGCGGUCGUUGAAGAAUCCGAAGUUGGCAAAGGACAAGUCACCAAAACGAUGACCGAACCGGAAAUGAUUGCUCAGUGUUUGAUCUUCUUCCUGGCCGGCUUCGACACAGUCUCCACCUGUCUGACCUUCCUAGCUUACGAACUCACCUUAAACCCAGAAAUUCAGGAUAAACUCUACGAAGAAAUCGUCGAAACUCAUGAAUCCCUGGGAGGAAAGUCUCUCACCUAUGACGCCCUCCACAAAAUGAAGUACAUGGACAUGGUCAUUUCCGAAUCGCUUCGACUCUGGUCUCCAGUACCUGCCGUAGAUCGCCUAUGUGUCAAAGACUACACCCUGGAUGACGGAGAAGGUCUCAAAUUCACAAUCGAAAAGGGUACUGGAGUUUGGUUCCCAGUUCACGGCCUUCACCGGGACCCUAAGUACUAUCCCAACCCGGAAAAGUUCAUCCCGGAACGGUUCAGCGAGGAAAACCACGCCAACAUCAACCUGGGAGCCUACCUGCCAUUUGGAGUGGGUCCUCGAAACUGUAUCGGAUCGCGUUUCGCGCUCAUGGAGGUGAAGGCCAUCGUGUACUACAUGCUGAAGGAAUUCAGCUUCAACCGGACCAACCAAACGCAGGUGCCACUUACGUUGGUAAAAGGAUUUGCUGGGAUGAGCCCCGAGAAGGGAGUGCACGUAGAGUUUCGACCACGAAAGGUGCGAUGAGUGUUAAUAAGAAGUGUCUUUUCAGAGGCUUUAAACGUGUUUACUCAGAGAACUGUAGUUAUUAGUGUAAGUGUUUGGUCAAACAAAACCAUGUAGAUAAUGGUCAUACAUCUAGGGUUAAGGUAAUA